CCCUGCGCUGCAGUCUCAAACCGACGAUCGGAAGCACCAGACGCAAUUUUCAGUCGGUUUUCAUUAAACUGCAGUUUUGUGGAUCAAAGUGAGGCAAAUUGUUUCGCGAAAUGAAGCAGUUGAUUUUUCUACUUUUGGUAGCGGUAACAAUUGGCCCUAUUAAGGCUCAGAGCAAUCGACAGUGUGCUGCGAACGGAGAAUACUGCUUGACGCACAGUGAAUGUUGCUCAGGAAGUUGUCUGAGUUUCUCAUACAAAUGUGUCCCAGUACCACCAGGCCCAAAUAUUGGAACAACAUUCGUUCCAGUUACCGUUGAUACCUCAAAUCGUUUUGGUGGUUCAGAUGAUGGUGGUGCAAGCAUUACGCAAAAAACUUGCGCCAGAAAUGGUGAAUAUUGCCAAACCCACGCCGAAUGCUGCUCGGGAAGCUGUUUGAGUUUUUCGUACAAAUGUGUCCCUGUUCCUGGAACAAGCUCGCAGUCACAACCUCCAGUCCAAACUACCGCUCCAAGUCAGGGAGUUAGCAGCACAGUUGAUUUGGGAAAUCGCGUAGGAGAAGGUCAAAGUACGGCACCGGUAAACAAUAUUACACCACCUCCGAAGAAAUGCGCGGCUCUAGGAGAAUACUGCCUUAACUCAGCUGAAUGCUGCUUUGGAGCUUGUCUAAGUUUCUCGUAUAAAUGUGUCACCAACCCGCAGCUAGAUGUUGUAGGACGAACCGAACCGGUUCGACCUUCGUCGCCAUCGAGUGCCCCAGUUUCAGUAGGUCUCAUCAAUCGCUUCGACGGCAACACUGAUGCUUCUACACAGAAACCACAAAAAUGCGCAGCAGUUGGCGAAUAUUGUCUUACUUCAUCUGAAUGUUGCUCGAAAAGUUGUCUGAGCUUCUCAUACAAAUGUGUGCAAACCUACGACCUAGCCACACAGCAGAACACGCAGUUGGGAAUCCCGGUGCAGCUACCAUCCGUCAGUAACAGUGCUAUCGAUACGACCAAUCGCUUUGGCGGUAGCGAAAGGCAGUGCACUUCCAAUGGAUUAUACUGCUUCCAUAACCGCGAAUGCUGCUCAGGGGCCUGCUACAAGUCAUUCUGCCAGACGGAAAUUAAGCUGGGAGUUCCAGAGUCGGAGCUUACACGGCCAUCGAUUUCGAACGGACCGUAUGUUCAGGUCAAUAGUUUAGAUGACCUGAUAACGCGCUUUGGUGGUACUUCCCAGAGGGCCGAUGAUGAUUCCAAUGCGAGUGGUACGAUAAAUCGAAGCAACGUGCUCCAAGCUCGGGAUGGAACCGCAAGACAGUGCGCGGUUGUUGGUGCUUCGUGCUCUCGUCAUCAGGAUUGCUGCUCGCAGAGAUGCCAUUCAUAUCGACGCAAAUGCGUAACUUAGACGAAGGUGCAACAGAGAGGCAUAUUUGAUGAGCAGACUGUUUUUUCAUCCCGACGGAGUGGAAAAUUUAGAGUAGAUACUAAUAGCUCAAACUGAUUUUAUAGUAAAUACGACGAACGGUUGGUAGCUUCUACCCGCUUUUGUUACUAUGGAUCAGUUUCAUUCGAUUUUAAUCAACAUUUAUUAAAUAUAUAU